UGAUUUCCUCUGGGUCACCGCGCAAGCGCAGGAUAAUCGUGGCGCCGCACGAGUCGUAGUGAAGCCGUUUGCGGGUCUCCGCGCGGGACUGGGGAGCAGCGGCGUCGCUGAGACUAGGGUGUCAUGUCAGACAACGAGGACAAUUUCGAUGGUGAUGACUUUGAUGACGUGGAAGAGGAUGAAGGGCUAGAUGACUUGGAGAAUGCUGAAGAGGAAGGCCAAGAGAAUGUCGAAAUCCUCCCCUCUGGGGAGCGACCACAGGCCAACCAGAAGCGAAUCACUACACCAUACAUGACCAAGUACGAGCGAGCCCGCGUGCUGGGCACCCGAGCUCUCCAGAUUGCGAUGUGCGCCCCUGUGAUGGUGGAGCUGGAGGGGGAGACUGAUCCUCUGCUCAUCGCCAUGAAGGAACUCAAGGCCCGAAAGAUCCCCAUCAUCAUUCGCCGUUACCUGCCAGAUGGGAGCUAUGAAGACUGGGGGGUGGACGAGCUCAUCAUCACCGACUGAGCUGGAGUCAUCUUCCUGCCCUUGCCCUGUGCCCAAUUUUCAGUCUCAUUUUAUAUGUGUAAAUAAUAAAAUACUCAACCUUCCAA